AUGAGCCUGCUAUAUAGUUUUCCAGAUGUCUAUGUAGUGAGAACUGACAGCGGUCAUGGGCGCCGAACGCGCGAUCAGAACAAGAGUUCAAGGAAGAGCUCUGCUCAGAAUGAAGAGAAAGGGGCGGGGACAGAGAGAGCCCCCUAUGUUGCAGUUCAUCCUGAUCCUGCGCUCCCGUACAGACUCCCUAAGAGAAAAAGUUUCCACGAAGACCCCAACAUUGCCAACCUCGAAGAGCUCUUCAGGAUCGAGACUGAGAUCUCGCACCUGGAGGAAGAAGUCGACAAAUUCACAGAGGAGGUGGGAGAUAGCUGCCUGAGGCUGUCCAAGGAGAAUGUGCAAGUCAUGGAUGAGUGCCUGGAGAACGCGAUGAGAAGAAUCAAAGGCAUACACGAGAUAGAAAAGGUCCGGCAAGUACACAAUAUGAGGCUGAUGUAUGCCAAGCAGAUCGGGCAGGUAGAUGUGAAGGGGAAGCAGCUGGACAUGGAGUCUUCCUUCUCCAGCACUAGGACCUCUCACGAGGUUCCCGCGGAGUGCAGGUCCCUCGAAGCGUUUGCUGCGAGCAUAACCAAGGAAAGCGUGAAGAACCAUAUGUUUCGGCGCAGAAAUUCACACACGGAGGGGUUGGAUGAUCUCAUGGUGCGGUCGAUCCUCCAGUCUUUCAUGCAGCUCUGCUUGGUCGACUCAUCGUAUGUUUUCAACUUCUCGCUCCACAGCGGAGACGAGAGUUCGCUUUGCUUUUACAAGUCAGAGGUGGAAUCUCAUGUAAUGCAGAUCUUCUCCUGGGAGAAUCAGGUCUUUGUUGGAUGUGGAGAUGGAGCUGUGUACGCACUUCAUGGAAGCCUUGGCAACAUGCUGUGGUGCUUUCCUAUAGAUUCCAACGACAAUCUUGCUCGGCAGCUCGCUCAGACGCCGUUGUUCCUGGCGGGGUUGAUCAACGUCAUGAAGACCAGGAAAGAAGAAUGUCAGGCAAUUGCAUCUCUCCUGCUUUCUCUGCUUGCUGUGGGCGGGAAGGACAUCACUCAGGAGAUCUUAGAGUUUCCUGACUUCUUGUUCUCUUGCGGCCAGCUAAUCAGCCCAGAGUCACACAGACUUUCCAUGUGUAUUCUUCUCUUGUUGAGAAACAUCGUGCUAGUCGGGGAGGAGAUUGCAGUCUCGGAGAUUCUCGGGAACAGCGUCCUGCUAUCGAAGAUCACGUCACUCAUCGUGUCCACACACGACACGAAACUUGUUCGAAAGACCAUCGCACUGCUCUUCUGCAUCUCGCGCUUCUCGUCGGCAUCGGAGGGAUUCAGGUCCAGCGGAGUUCCUCCUGCCCUGGUCAACGUGCUGUUUGCGCACAAGAACACCACUGAAGCUUCCAGCACUUGCAUCGGCCUUGCGCUCAUGUGUCUCGCUAACAUACAAGCCAAGGAGGUGCAGAUUUGGCUGAACAAGAAGAAUUUGGAGAUCGUUGUCAAAAUCUUCAGAGCAUCGUGGGAGGGGCAGGACUUUGAAGGAUACCGCUUCCCCGUGGUUGACGUCUUGUUUGCGCUCAAGAAUAUGAUGACGUUCGCUGACCUGGACAUCGUCGGGAUCGACUGCAACUUCGUUGGGGAGCUGGUGGAGUAUGUCUCCAAGUGGAAAAAGCACGAGGAGAUGCAGGGCAUGAGCGGGUCGGAUGGAGUGAGCGAGCUCAAGCUCUGCUGUGACAUCUUGAUCAAGUUGAGCGCGAGCAAGUACUGUCACAGGAAGAUGCAUGACCUGAGACUGAAGAAGCAGCUCGAGGACAUCAUCUCCUCUACACAUGGGGCCGCCACCACGUAUGCCUCCGAGCUCUUGCAAGAGAUCAACGAGGCCGUUCACACGUACUGCGUGCGGGAGGACGGGGCGUUCCCUGAGACGGCCUCGAGACAGCCGAAGAAGCCUUGGCUUAACUCAGAAUUCUUUCGAGGUAGCAUGCCAGUCCUUCAUGCGCGAUCGCCAAGCAACAGCUUUAAGAGCAUCGACGACAGCGGAGCAGAGGUCUCGAUGGAUUGCAGGAAGAGCGUCAACUUCAAGGCCAUGGUCUCGUCCGCCAUGCACUCCCGCAUGCCGAACCUUUGGCAACCUUCCUUGACAGAAGCUCCAUCGGAGUCCCCUCAUCAUGAGAGCGAGCUCCGUCGGCGCUUCGGAUGCCCUAAGUGUGGUAAGACGUACGCGAAGCAGAUCACGUUGGACUUUCACUUCCGGAUCGGCUGCUCGAGCGGGGAGGGUGACGCGGAGAGCAACAGGCUGGCGCGGGUGAGCAGGAAGGUGAUCAACAAGCUGCGAUUCAUGUCACAGGCGAAGGCAUGGCAGUGCUGGGUUGAGCACUCUGAGCUCUUCAAGUUCCAAACUAAGGCAGUCCAACACGCUGUGCAACGUUGGAACUCUCGCCUCCUCUCGGCCGCGUUCAUGGCAUGGAUUGAGGAGAGCAGGCGAAUAUCCAACGCGUGGAAUGUCCUCAAUCGAGUGGUGGAGCACUGGAGGCAUCAGAGCACAGCCAAGUCCUUCGAGAGCUGGAAGCUAUACGUGCUGUUUCAGAGAUGUACGCAGGUGGAAGAGAACGGCGCGGCGAAGGUGACGAGCUCGUUGCCGAGGAGGAGCAACUCUGAAUCAAACAUCUACCCUACCAUGAUGUCUCCCUCCCGCAUGAACGCCAAGACCUUUGCAAGGGAAGCUUACUCCUCGGGCUCCGACGUGGAAUCGGAACCUCCUGAUACCAGCAACGGAGACAGGGAGUCCAUUUUGAAAGGCCAGCUCUCCUCCCUCCAGGACUACUGCAAGCAUCUAGAGCGGCAGAACGAGGUUCUCAGGAAGCAGCUCUUCCUCCUCGUCAAUGGAGCUGACGCCGCCAAGGAGGGAGCUAGUGAGCAUGUACAGGCGGGUCAGGAGCUACCGCCCAGAGAGACGCGGGAGGAGAACGGGGGGGAGGACGCGGUUCAAGACCACUUCCAGAUCGCUGCCUCGUCGGCAAGGAGCAAGAAAGGGUCGAGGAAAGACUCGAUCGAGCUCAGGCCCUUCGUGUCCGAGCUCGAGCUCAUCGACUGGAUCCGAAAGAGCCACACUUGGGUGGGGACGGAUGCUGCAGGGCCCAUGUGA